ACGUUCGCCGUGACGUCACACGAAAUGGCGGCCAGUGCUCCAGGAAUGUACUCAUGGCUGCCCGUGUGUCGUGUUUAGCGAGUAUUUUUACAUAGAAAACCGUUCAUUUUCUUCGGAAACUGGACCCGUAGCAGUGACUUCACGAUGCCCUUGUUCGGGAAGAAAGAUUCGCAACGAAAAAAGGACAAGGAGGCAGUCAGUGUUGAGGAUAAAUAUGAAUUUAAAGACCUCCUCGGAACGGGUGCAUUUUCUCAAGUGGUGCUGGCGGAAAGCAAAGACACCCCCGGUGUCAUGCACGCCAUCAAAUGUAUAGACAAGAAAGCACUUAAAGGAAAAGAAGAUUCACUAGAAAACGAAAUUAAGGUUUUGAGAAGGUUGAAACAUCCAAAUAUAGUUCAGCUCUUGGAAACAUAUGAAGACAAGAGCAAGGUUUACCUGGUUAUGGAACUGGUUACUGGAGGGGAGCUGUUUGACCGAAUUGUUGAGAAGGGGAGCUACACUGAAAAAGACGCGAGUGAUCUAAUACGGCAGAUCUUAGAGGCAGUAGACUACAUGCAUACCCAAGGGGUUGUACAUAGGGACCUGAAACCUGAGAACUUGCUGUAUUACUCACCGGAUGAGGAGUCGAAGAUAAUGAUCAGCGAUUUCGGAUUGUCCAAAAUGGAAGAUUCCGGAAUCAUGGCUACAGCGUGCGGAACGCCUGGCUAUGUGGCUCCCGAGGUAUUAGCUCAGAAGCCAUAUGGAAAAGCGGUUGACGUUUGGUCAAUAGGUGUUAUAGCCUAUAUCUUGUUAUGUGGUUACCCUCCAUUCUACGAUGAGAGCGAUGCCAACCUGUUUGCUCAGAUUCUAAAGGGAGAGUUUGAAUUCGACUCACCUUACUGGGACGAAAUCUCAGACUCGGCUAAGGACUUCAUUCGUCAUCUAAUCUGUGUAGACGUCGAGAACCGGUACACAUGCAAGCAAGCAUUAGCUCACCCAUGGAUAUCUGGGAACACCGCCAGUGACAAGAACAUACAUGGGUCAGUGAGCGAACAGUUGAAGAAGAACUUCGCAAAGACCAAAUGGAGACAAGCCUACAAUGCUACUGCUGUGAUCCGACAGAUGAGGAAGCUAGCCAUGGGAAACGCCAGUGCGUCGCAGGAAGGGUCGGGCGAUUCUUCUGCCAGCAGCCAAGUCGCCAACCAGGGGGCAGCAGACUGAUCGAAGCAAUCGGUCAGAUGCACACGCAAGUCCGGAGGGGAAACGUAAUGUCACUGUCCAGACUGCUUCCGUGGCUUCUUUGUCUUCGCCUACUAUCCAUCCCGUCAUGCUACAUUCCUCCAGUUUUGCUUUUGAAAUUGCAUUUCUCUUCAAGUGACAGAACAAACCGGGUAUGUCAGUGCUUGCGUCCACCAUCUCGCCUCAAUUUUCCUUUCAUUUGAAAGGGCUCUGUGAGCAUACCUCCACAUAUCUUAGAGGGCACCAGGAGGUCAUGUGUACGUCCCCGAUCUGAGAGCUGUCGCCGUGACUUCUCGAGUCUCCGGAGAGCGGUUGUAGAUCUGGAAGGGUUGGAUCUGUUGGGAUCCUUGAGCUGCGCUGUCUGGUCUAGAACCUGAAGGAAAGCUAUGUGCAGUUAAGAUCGGCUGCCAGAUGUGGCCGAUUUCUACCUGUGUUCACGUUGAUGACGUUGAUUUUGCUUCCAAAGCUGGUUGUCACGACCCAAGUUUUUUUCCUCGUGAGCACUCCGAAACGACGACACUGAUAUCUCUUACUUUAGGAAAAGGUGUCGUUGUAUGAGAGUGAGCCUUUUCUGCUAGCCACUGUGCCGCCUGCUACAUUUGGGUGAGGCCUAACUUCCUAUUUGAAUUGUUGCCACUCUGUGUAGUAGACUGUGUGUGUGUUACAUCACGAGGGUUAAGCUGACAAAAUGAUUUGGUGGUGAGCAAGGUAACCAAAUGUAGAGCUAGAAUCAGAAAUGUUAAGAUUAACAAUUUGGCACUGGAUUUCGAGGGACUGUCCAACAAAAAAAUCCUUCGGUCAGGGGUAACACGGUUAAGGCUGAACCGCAUGGCACGAAAAACUCUCGGGGGAAAACUGUCCGAACCGGAAUCGGGACCAAACUUUUUUUCUGUGCAUCACUGCAUCGUGCCGAAUCGGAAGACAAUUUCGAAUUCGGCCCGGAAUUCUGUUCUCCGAAAAAAAGUUUGGUCCCGUGUUCAGUUCAGAAAGAAUCUGGACGCUUUUUGGGGCAUGCGGUUCAUGCUUUACACUGGAAAGCUGAACAAACAGGAGUUGCUGACUUCAUCUUGCUUACCACCUGAUGACGCUCCUGCAAUUUUCACCUUGCGUGUACCUCGAGGUUCUAUAUGAAUUCAGGGUCCCUUGCAAACUUCAGCUGAAACAAAGACACUCAUUUUUUUUCUUUUUUUUUUUCCUUUUAUCUUCCUCUUAGUCAUUACACUGAGUUCAGCUGGGCAUUGCCAACGCCACCUAGAUGCGGAAAGCCUGUAGUGAAUCUCCGCAGACGAUUUCAAACGCAGGCUUUCAGUGGCUACUAGUAGCUGCCCAUGCGGCCGUUGGUGGCUCGUUUCCAUAGCUACGGCCAAUGAAAGCACAUCAUUAUUGGCAAACCCUUAAUGGCUACGCCAUGUCGUUUAAGCGAUCAGGCUGUGUUUACUUAGGGUUCUUCGUUUCCGGGUUAAACCCGAUUUCUCGCGAUAGUUCUCCCCGAACAAAUUUUCGAGAAUUCGGGUAAAACCCGAUGUCUACCCUAAAUCUUUGCAGUCCUUCAACUUGUCGUUGUCGGUAAACCGUCGGAAAAGUGAAUCAUAAUACCAGCAAGGAGAGCUGUUUGUGGCAACCUGUUUUGUCCUCCGUUUAUGAUCCCCUCCUGCAGGAGUCCAAGGCUAGCUUUUGUGUAGCUUGGGCAAGUGUUUGAAUACCGCGGUCAUUCACUAUCCCAGUUCCGAGCGGAAAUAUAAAGAUUAUUGUUUCUCGUCCCAGUGUCACAGCAGUGGUUUGUUUCAUAUGCCUUUUCGUUUCACCCGAAAAUUCCCCGGUGACGUACCAAACAGAGAUUAUAGCGCCCGAAUUCUCGUGUGUAAAUAGCAGUGAUGGCCACUAACUACUUCUGCAGUAGUUUAACUAUAACUACUAACUACUUUGCGAUGGAGUAGUUUAACUAGUAGUCCAACUACUUUUCAUUGGAGGUAAUUAAAACUACUUCUUUAACUACUGCAAUGUAUUUUAACUACAUCUCUAACUACUUAACAUUGUCCAUCAACACCAAUCCCAUUCUAUAGUGUUCUUGGACACCUAAAUAUGAAUCAUAAGCAGUGAUAAAAGUGAAGAUUUAGUACACAUGCACAGCACAAUUGCUCUGCACCUCCAUUCUCAUCAGGCAAAUAGAUGAAGUUAAAAGUCGGAAGCGCAACCCUGCCGUAAAGCUUGCGGCAAAAUCGGAAGUAGUUGGCGCCUGGAGUAACCUAACUACUGUAGUUAACUACUCGAAAUAGUAGUUUAACUAGUAGUUGCACACUACAUUGCUGCAAGUAGUUGAUAACUACUUUUAACUACAAUCAGGUAGUUUAACUACAUGUAGUUAACUACUGGCCAUCACUGGUAAAUAGCACCCGAUUUUUCCCUCCCGAAUUUGAAAAAUCAUAAAACCCGAAUACAAAGAACCCUAUGUUUACUCUAGGAGGCAUUGGAAUUGCUGCGAGGCAAUGCAGAUUCCCAGGUUGUGUCUUGGGUUGUAUGCUUUUCUCAGAACAGCUCUGUUGUUUGAACUGACAGACUUGACCUGUUUCCACUUCUACAAGGCGGGAAGCUCUUGAAGAAGUUAUGGCGUUAUGCGUGUCAACCCUGCCUGUGAUUAUGUAACCGGUGAUUACUUAAAAGCUUCUCUCAUCCUCAGACCAGCCUUUUGCUUUACGUUCUGCUGGAGUCGUUGGUGAAUGGAAGAACUACGCCUUUUAUUCGAGGAAAUCUGCGACUUCAUAUGGAUGGGAAAAACGGGGGACUGGUAUUAUGGCAGGAACGCUGUUCUUGGUCACAAUGUGAAUAUGUGAGCUGAGCCAGGUUCCACAAGAUGGUUCUAUCCAAACCUGAGCUGUUUUUCUUUUUCCUUGACAUUGUGAUUUUGACUUUUCUUUUUUUCUUGCGCUUUCAGUCUGAAAGGAUGCUACCCUGUCGUUAUGAAUGCUCAUGUAAAUUAUUUAUUUCCUGUUUAGCUUUAAGAGUGUUAUGUUGAUAAGAGCCUUUACAAACAAAAACUCUAGUCUGUUCUGGGGAGUCAGCAUGCAUGCACUCUUCUUUUGAAGUUCCUGUCACUCUCUCUGUGUGCUUGGAAGCUGUGCAUUUUACUUAUUUUACUUUUUAUUUUUUGUCCAGUGUUUUAAAUCUGUGAAACUUUUGUAAAUCACUGAAAUUGGGAGAGGUUGUCAUUCCGUUCAUACGUUAAAGGGGCACCGAUGUGCAGAAAAAUUGCUCCUCAAAUAAGGUGAGAUGCGGUUACCUUGAUGCCAACACAAGAACAAAAAAGCUAUCCAUUGAGUCAUGCAUUGGUCACCUCAAAUGAUCUGUUCAGUCAAAGCGGAAGGGUGUUUGAGGAGACCAAUCUGAAGUCUCUCCGCACUAUCCCGCUUCUUGAAAGGGAAGGCAUAAAUUGCAUUUUUUUUUUUCUUGUAAAUCACGAACGACACAACCAAUGGAUCAUCUUCCUCUUGUGUUGGUUUCAAGGUGACACCAUCUUGCCCCCCUGAAUGUCACAAAUUGACAUCUCUAAUGUGUUCUACAUUUUACUACUGCGCUUGGAAACAAAGAAAUCUGUGCAGAAGUCGAUGACACAAAUAUGUACAUACGUUGUGUUACCACGAUAAAUCUAUCGUGCAAUACAUACUCAGACUGUUGCCAAGGAUUGCAACAGCCUCGCGAAAUGUUGCUCUUUGAGAAGGCCCCGCCUUUUUUUAUCGAGCUCCUGAACAAAAACAGGGUCUCUUAAGGGCACGACAUGGAUUGUCUCGGCUUGUGUUUCACGUUAGUUUUCAGCAGCGUGGAUGGUUGUACCGUAACGUGCGUACAUGGCGGGACAUUGGUGUCCCAGCGGUAGAUACAUCGUAGUGUCUACAGCCACCGUGCCAAAAAGAAAGAAAGAA